AUGAUGACGCCUAUGCGUUAUGUGGUCUUGGUACUGGCCAUCGUCCUGAGCUUACACUUCAUACUGAGCUUCUCGCACGAGGAUUAUGGCCGCGCGACCUCCAUCUCGCGUCUCUCAGAGCAGUUGACCGGCUCCGGAUCCCACCCCCAAGACCGCUACGUGCCCCCUAAAACCCCCAUCCAGUCUCGCAAAGCGAACGCUACCUUCGUGAUGCUGGCUCGUAACGGCGACCUCAAUGGAGUCAUGGUUAGCAUGAAGCAAGUUGAGGAUCGGUUCAACAAGGAGUUCCAGUACCCUUACGUGUUCCUGAACGAGGAGCCUUUUACCGAAGAAUUCAAGCAGCGCGUUCUGACCAUCACCGACGCCAAGGUGGAGUUCGGUCUUAUUCCGAAGGAGCAAUGGACCCAGCCCUCGUGGAUCGAUGAGGCCAGGGCGUCCGCGGCGAGGAAAGACAUGGUUGACCACAAUGUCAUCUACGGAGGAAGCGUACCCUACCGUAACAUGUGCCGCUUCAACUCUGGAUUUUUCUACAGGCAACCCCUCCUCGACAAGUACAAGUACUACUGGCGCGUCGAGCCCGACGUCAACUUCUUCUGUGAUCUUCAUUACGAUCCCCUACUCCUCAUGCAAGACCAGAAGAAGGUUUACGGGUUCACUGUCUCGCUGUACGAGUAUCCUGCCACCAUCCCCACCUUGUGGGAUGCUACCAAGGAAUUUAUGAACGCUAACCCUGGCUUGCUCCCCGAGGGCAAUGCCCUAAAGUUCAUCUCUGAUGAUGGUGGAGAUACUUAUAACAAGUGCCACUUCUGGAGCAACUUCGAGAUCGGCGACCUUGAUUUCUGGAGAGGUGAGGCGUACCAAAAGUACUUCGAUUUCCUUGACGAGAAGGGUGGCUUCUACUACGAGCGAUGGGGAGAUGCGCCGGUACACAGUAUCGGCGCGGCGCUGUUCGCGAAGAAGGAGGAAAUCCACUUUUUCAACGACAUUGGCUACCGUCACAAUCCGUUCCAGCACUGCCCACAAGGCGAAGCGCAUAAGAAGGGCAAGUGCUGGUGCAACCCGCAAGACAACUUCGACUAUGAGUGGUACAGCUGUCUCAAACGCUACGACGCCCUCUUCCAGUGA